AGCUAUAGAGUUUAGUGGCCAGAGCGGCCCGGCGGGGAGGUGGCAGGAAAGCCUCGGAACAGCUGCCGGAGGUGACGGUGCCGCAGCCCCGCCCGGUGCACUGGAAGACGAAGCUUCCAGGUAGCGGCCCGCAGAGUGUGACCCAGGGUACGACGGGGCAGUCGUCGAGAGCCACGGUCCCUGGGCGGCCUCUUUAAGGGAGGGGGCGGGGCCACGUGGAAGGAUCUUGAGGCUCCACAUCCUGAGCCCAGGUCCCCCAGCUCAGUGCAGCCAUGAGUGCCGAAGUGAAGGUGACAGGGCAGAACCAGGAGCAAUUUCUGCUCUUGGCAAAGUCAGCCAAGGGGGCAGCCCUGGCCACACUCAUCCACCAAGUGCUGGAAGCCCCUGGUGUCUACGUGUUUGGGGAACUGCUGGAUAUGCCCAAUGUUAGAGAGCUGGCUGAGAGUGACUUUGCUUCCACAUUCCGACUGCUCACUGUGUUUGCCUACGGGACGUACGCUGACUACUUAGCUGAAGCCCGAAAUCUUCCCCCACUCACAGAGGCUCAGAAGAAUAAACUUCGACACCUAUCAGUUGUCACCCUGGCUGCCAAAGUCAAGUGUAUCCCAUAUGCGGUGUUGCUGGAAGCCCUUGCUCUGCGGAACGUGCGGCAGCUGGAAGACCUCGUCAUUGAGGCUGUGUAUGCCGACGUGCUUCGCGGCUCCCUGGACCAGCGCAAUCAGCGGCUGGAGGUUGACUACAGCAUUGGACGUGACAUCCAGCGCCAGGACCUCAGUGCCAUUGCCCGAACACUGCAGGAGUGGUGUGUGGGCUGUGAGGUUGUGCUGUCAGGCAUUGAGGAGCAGGUGAGCCGUGCCAACCAGCACAAGGAGCAGCAGCUGGGCCUGAAGCAGCAGAUUGAGAGUGAGGUUGCCAACCUUAAAAAAACUAUUAAAGUUACAACAGCAGCAGCUGCAGCAGCCACUUCCCAGGACCCUGAGCAACACUUGACUGAGCUGAGGGAACCAGCUCCUGGCACCAACCAGCGCCAGCCCAGCAAGAAAGCCUCCAAGGGCAAAGGACUCCGAGGGAGUGCGAAGAUUUGGUCCAAGUCGAAUUGAAGGGACUGUUGUUCCUUCCCUGGGGAUGUGGGGUCCCAGCUGCCCGCCUGUCCUCAGAGAGCCUUCUUGUGCCCCUGGCCAGCUGAUAAUCCUAGGUCAUGACCCUUCACCUCCCUUCCUCUCUCCCCCACCCCCAAGCAUAGAUCAUACCUUCUCUAGUGAGGAGGUGAGUACAAGUCAUGUUUUUGUUGGUACUUUUUGUUUUAUGUGACUUUCUUUAGUGUCCCGUUGUCCAUGCUCUCUCCCUUAUUUCUUUAAGAGCCAGCAUCUAUCUAUCUUUUUUGUGUGUGUGGCAUUGGGUAGGUGGGGCUGCUGCCUGUCCAGCGUAACCCACACUGUUUGUUCUCCCACCCCAUCCCUGCAUGCCUAAUCCCCUAUUCCUGCCCCCUGCCCCCAACCUGCUUGGGCAGCAUCUGAAGAGCCAUAGGGCUCCCACCUUAUUUCCACCCUGAGAGUUCUGGGAGCCAGUCUGCCGUUCUAGGAGUCACUGGACACUUUCAUCCUAGAAUCCGGUCACACUACAGCUGUUUCUUUCCAGCUUCCCUUGGGUUCUGGGAAUGCUGCUGCUUCAAUGACCCCAGAGCCUAAGAAGGGCAGCUGUUUCUUGAGAUGUUGAGAGAUGGUUCUUUCUUGGCCCUGGCUGUCUUGGAAAGCCUAAUGGCAAUCCUGGAAGGAUUUAUACUUCUUUUUGUGAGUUUGGUGGGGAAGGGAAGGGGAUAGAGAUUGUAUUAAAAAAAAAAGUAUAUAUACAUAUAUCUAUAUAUAAUAUGACACAGAAAUAAAUCUAUGAGAAGUCUAUCAGACAUGCCCUGAA